AUGACAGCACGAUCGUCCAGCCUCACCUUCAAGCUCGUCUUGCUCGGUGAUGGUAGGCUCGUACACCUCCCCCUAUUCAUUCUUCGGUCUAACUUGAGUUUUUAGGGAUCGUUGUGGAGUUUUUCUGGUUAUUUCUUUUUUUUGCGUCAUUUUAUUUAUGCCUCGGAAUCGAAUUUUUGUUAAUUGGAUAAGCACCUUUGAAGGGAAAUGUCGCGAACAUGGUGAACUGAGCAGGAGAUUAAUCUGAACUGGCUAUUGCUGGAUUAAUAGGAUGGUUGAAAAUAUUUUCGCAUGUUUAUAUUUUCGUCGAGGAACAAUUGUGUACAAGAGAAAAUCGUUUAUUCACCAUCGAGCAAAUGGUAUUAUUCACCUUCAAAAAAAUCGUCGAAACUUUGGAGUUUUUUCCUAUGAGAAAUUAUGGGCAAAUAUUGAAGGACAGAGGAAAGAGAUAAACGUACUAGAUAAAAUGGGUCGCAUUAAGAAACGGUCUCUUUUUCUUCAAUCGGAGUCCCUGAGCUGGUGAAUUUUUGCAACUUUGGCUUUUUUCUGUGGAUUAAUAGAUGAAUUGUUCAAUAUUUUAUUGCUCUUAAUUUUGUGUAAAAAAAAUAAUCCACAUAUAUGGUUUUCAUUUUCUUUAAAAUAUUUCAAUCAUCCAAAGUCCAAAGCGUCCCACAAGUCCCAAAAAAACAAAUCGCCAGAUUGAAAAGUAUAUUGCUAGACCUGAUCCACCGAACUUUCUCGCAGGUGUCCUCUUUUGCCCGGAUCUUUUCUAUUAUAUUGAUUAUCGACCUCGUCAUCUUUUAGUCAAACUUUUGGGUCUAUUCCCCAAUCCAGGUCCUAGUUUCUAAAUGCUAGCAAAUAAUUUUCUACUUACUAACUAGUACAAUGAAGCUUUUAAUAGACCUGAAUAGUGUAUGUGGGAUUGUUGAGAUUUUGAUAUCCAGGAUAGAAAAUUAUCCAUAAGUUUGUCAAAAUAUUUGGUUCCCUAAUUUGCUUCUAGACAUACAAUAGCAGAGACCUUAUGUUUACAAUGCAAUCAUAUUUUCAGGUUUUCUUUAUUAUCUAUGUACAUGAUUUAAUUGCCUUUUAGGGCCUCUGCGAAGAUGAAGCUAUUUAGCCUUGAAAAAACAUCCAACCUUUUUACACAUGGUAAAUAUCGAAAUAAAUUUGAUAAUAAAACUCGAUUGGAAAAAUCUGUUGAUUUGAAUGAUAUGUGAUUGGUAUCUUAUUCCCAGUUCAGGAGUGCAUCUCUCCUCGCCUCCAAUUGUUUGAGUUGCAAAGGCAUAGGUUUUGCACCUUAUCAUGGAUUUGUAUGGUUUGAUAGAACUUUAUGGCCACGUUCAUGGAUUCUUAUUCCUGCAAAAUUGUUUUGACUUGAUCAUCUAGUUCACAAGCAUAACAUCAAAGUUGUUAUAAAAAGCGUAUGAUAUUAUUGAUGCUAGAAACUGUCAAAUACAUCUUAUAAGUUCAGUUGUCUAAUUUUAAUUACGGGCAUCACUCAUUUUCAUGGAAAUUGAAAUAUAAGAAGGUUCAGAUAGUUCUCUUUGAAUUUUCUCGUGACUCUUGGCUUUUCAUGGCUUUCAUUUUUGUUGUUGAGUCAGAAAAUCUUUUGGAAUGUACCACGGUUCACAAUUUCUGGGGAAAGCUUAGAUAUUUCAGCCUGAGAUAUAUUUGAAUGUAUUCAUGCAAGCGUACUGUAUAUGUUCCUUUGGUUAUUCAACCACAAAAUUGUUUUCUUGUCAAAUUAUUGGAGGUUUCGGCAUAACUAAGUAUAUUCGCGUCAUUCUGUAGAAAAAGCUGACCCUCCAUUCGACUGUAGAAGUUCCUUCUUGAAUUCGUUUUAUAGCCUUUAUUUGACUAUUUCGAUUUGGAAUUUUUCAUUUUCCUGUUAUUUCGCAAGAAGUUUGCUUUCCAUUUUCAGCUUAUUAGUGUUUACAUUUUCCAUUUCUAAGCAGUAGUAUGGUCUUCCCUUAUUCUGGUAUUUUUUAAGUUACAUUUUCUUUUGAUGAAUGUAAUUUUUUUCAAUAAUUUGUUGUCCUCGCUUAGUUAUUUUAACGCUAUUUUAUUAUUUUCAACAGGUAGAGUUGGAAAAACUUCUUUGGUACUACAGUAUGUGAAUAAUGUGUUCUCUGACAAACAAGAAGCGACAAUCCAAGCAGCCUACCUCACCAAACGUCUUGUUAUUGAAGGUGUGCCUAUUACCCUAGCUGUCUGGGUGCGUUUUCUUCUCCUCUUUUUAUUCUACUGUAAUUGUUCUGGAGGGAUAGUCAUUGUUGUGUGAAUCAUAGAUGUUGAUUGUUUUCCGGUUCUGCUAUAUUUUGUUCUUUUAUUGUGUCCUGAUAAAUUUUAUUUUCAGGUUUUUCUUUUUGUGUCAAUUGAAUUUCCGUUUUAUUCCCAUACUUUGAUUCUAAUAUUUAAUUAUUUGAUUCUAUCUACUUCCCAUCACUUUUGGAUACGUGUUUCACAAGGUUUAGUUCUGACAUUUCACUAUUUAUCUGGUUAGAAUUUGACUACUGAUUUACAUAAAUUUCGUGUUAGCCUACGCUGCCUGAACGGAAUGACCGAUAGAUUCAAUUGUGAAAUUCACUGAGUGUUCUUUGAUAAUCGUUUAAAAUCGCCUUUUAGUUCACAGUUUACUGUAUAUACUUAACAAGGAAAAUUAAAUUUUCUAGAGAAGUAAAAAAUAUUGCCAACGCAUGUUCUAACUCUUACUGGAAGAUCGCGGAUUCAAAAAAAAAAUCUUCUAGCAUGAGUUUUUCUAAAAAUAUAGAUACCAAUUGAGUAUGUAGUCCAUCGUUAUCAGAUCAUCAUUAGACGGUUCAGCUGCAUUAUCUCGUUGUUGGCCUCCAUAACAUUUUUUUGUGAGCCUGCUAACAGUUUGUUUCUGCCUGUAAAAAAGUCAUGAUAUCAUUCCUAUGUUUGGUCUCGUGAAAUGUCUCGAUGAGGUCACGCAUUUUAUUUUACUUUUUUCAGCUAUUUUCGGGUCCUAAUAGUGUGUUUUUGCUUUGUAUAAGGCUUAUAUUUGUUAAAAAGUUGUGCCAACCUUAGAUUUCCGUAACACUUUGGCAGGAUACUGCUGGACAGGAACGGUUUCAUGCACUGGGACCAAUAUAUUAUCGUGAUGCAGAUGGUACAAAACUUUUUAAAUGAACUUAGACCUCUCUAAUGAUCUAUGUGGUGUUCAGUAUAAUACAAUGUGAAACCUGUUUCCCACUGCAUCUUUCAUGAUUGAACCGCAGCUGCACUUUUGGUAUAUGACAUUACAAACAAGGAUUCCUUCAUCCGCGUUAGAAAAUGGGUGAAUGAGCUCCAACAAAUGGCAUCUAAGCCCAUAGUAAUGGCAAUUGCUGCGAAUAAGAGCGAUCUAGUCAGAUCAAAGAAAUUUGAUCUUCAAGAGGCUGAAAGGUAUGCGCAUGUUCUUUUCUUCGUGAUAAUAAUAAGUCAUUUAUUUUUCAUAUUUGCUAAAAUGUAACGAUGCCUUGAUCGAUAGUUAAUUGAUCAAUCACUUGUGACAGUUAAAAUAUUGCCCAUAUCCUCGUUCAGAGAAGAAGCUAUGUCAUGAAAUUAGACACAUACGAACCCUGUAAAAGACAAAAAAGACCCGGUAUAAUAUUCUUUUGAUUAUCUUAAAGGAUAGCAUUUAUCUUAAGUUUAAGGCCAUGUUGAUCUCCUUGUGAUUAUUAAAUCAGUGUCAAAUCCAAAUUGGAUUGGAACGUCUGUGUUUGGGUUAAAUUUUCAUUUUCCCUUCCUCUAGCUUGUAAUUGUAGUUCCGAUCCUGGUCCAGAUCGUGUUUCUUUUCUUUAACUUCCAUUAGAAGUUAACUCAUCUUUUUGAAAAAUAGAGUGUACAUCUGGGGUUGAUCAUCAUCAAAAUAUCAUGAAUGGCAUGCACAUUUGACCUCACAGAAAAGGAAUGGUGCAGGAUCCUCAGGCCCUUGAAUAGGAAAAAAAAAAUUCUUUUUUGACGUCUUUAGGCGCACCUAAUUCGUCACUAGGUUAAUUUUUUACUUUUUUUUCGAUAUAACACUGCCUUGAACAAUUAAAUAUCAAGGAUCACUUGCUUUUCUCUUUUGAACUCGAGCUGUAGAAAUUAUUUUAAUGUAACCUUUUCUGUUGUAGCUAUGCAGCGUCAAUAGGUGCGGGAUUUUUUGUUACAUCUGCCAAAUUUGGAACUGGCAUCAAUGAGAUUUUCCUUCACAUUGCAACUAGUGAGUGAUAACUUCUGCUUAGGUUUUCCCUGAAGAGAUUUUUUUCUUUUUUCUUUUUUUCUUCUUGUGUUUUCUGUCAGGCCCUUAAUAGGCAAAAGGAAAGAGGUUUUACCUGGUACAAACACCAACCAUCCCCAAUGGCACCAUGCAAGUUCCAUCACGACUGAAUGUUAAAUAACCAUCUUACUCUGGGAUUCUUGCGAUUAUACUCGGGCUCCAGCAUGGAAUAACCCGAAAGCCUUGAUUGUCGGCAUUUUGGAACUUUAUGGCUAGAUUAUGAAAUGAAGUAUGAAGAAGAAAAUCGAUUAAACAUUAGAUGAGAAACAUGGGAUUUAUUAGUAGAAGGCUUUACGUUUCAAAGCUAAGCACUUUAUGCCUCUCGAGUAUUAAAAAAAAAUAAUUUUUAAUCUCUCAUUUCUUACCCUAUAGACAUCGGAUUGAAAAUCGAUGAAUGCUGUCUUAGAUUAGUUAAAAAAAUAUGUACUGCUAUUGACCUUCUAAACCACUAAAUCAGAGGUAAGAAAGGAACCAAUUGUCUGCAUAAUAAUUGAAAUACACCUUGCUUUGCUCUGUCUACUUUUGCUUGCAUGUUUUAAUUCCAAGAGAUAUACCAUACCCAGAUGCCUCUCUGACUGACCUAUUUUUUCCAGGGGUAUUGCAAUUGAAGAAAGAAAACGGUGAUCUCUCUGCAACUCCCCCGAGGAAGGGUAUGAUCGUGGUUGAUGAUGAACCUGAAAAGGAACCCCAGCCGAAAUGUUGUACAUAG